AAGAAAUCUGCCUUCUUUUUUGUGUUCAAACCAACCCACGUCUAAGAAUAGACGCAGAAACAGAAAGCAUUUCGGAACAAUCCAGAUCUAGGGUUAGGGUUUCGCAGAAAUGGCGUUGGAGUGGGUGGUACUGGGCUACGCCGCCGCCGCAGAGGCGAUCAUGGUCGUCCUCCUCACCCUGCCGGGGCUCGACGGCCUCCGGAAGGGCCUGAUCGCGGUGACACGAAACCUCCUCAAGCCCUUCCUCUCGGUGGUGCCGUUCUGUCUCUUCCUGCUCAUGGACAUCUACUGGAAGUACGAGACCCGGCCGACCUGCGAAUCGCCGGAUUCCUGCACCCCCACAGAGCACCUCCGCCACCAGAAGUCCAUCAUGAAAUCGCAGCGCAACGCGCUCCUCAUCGCCGCCGCCCUCGUCUUCUACUGGCUCCUCUACACCGUCACGCACUUGCUUGUUCGCGUCGAGCAGCUGAAUCUGCGCCUCCAGAGGAUGAAGAGCCAGGAAUAGGUCGAUUCCAGAGAUCAUUAAUCGUAGGUGAAUUCACACGCUGCACUUGAUCCUUUCUGUUUUGUUUCCUGUUUUCCGUAUGCGAGACUUCAAAUUAGCUAAUGUGUAGCCUUCCUUUCGUUUCUGGUUGCAUGUUCUGGAUAUUUUUGGCCAAUCUAUUUUUAGAAUCUGAGUUUCUUCAUCUGUUGAAGAGUCAGAAUUGAUUGAUCAGAGAGAUCCCAAUUUGCACUGUAGAUUUUCUUUUUGAAUCUUUAUAAAUGGUUGAAGUGGAGAAAUUCUUUUUUUA